GCCGGAGAUUGACAAUUGAAUCGGCAAUGACGUGUGCGGAGGCCUUCGUAUAGCCACCGCUGAGCAGCAUGACCACCGGGAUGCCUAGGGCACGGAAAGUGCUAAACACCAAUCGGUCGCGCUUCAGGACCCCCUCGGCGGAGAUGUCCAGGUUCCCCAGGGGAUCUCCCUUGAAGCGCUGGACGAGUAAGAUUGAUGUGUUCAGCAAGGACAUCAUUCUAGUGCCUGUGCACUGCAAUCUUAAUCAUUGGUGCAUGGCCAUUAUACACUUGAAAAAUAAGACUAUCUUCUACUACGAUUCGCUUGGAGAUCCGAGUGACAUCGCCCUGGAUGUCCUUCAGAACUACAUUAUUGCCGAGUCGCUAGACAAGCGCAAGGUGCAGUACGACAUGAGCGGCUUUAGGAUUGAAAAUGUGAUUGAAUGUCAGCGGCUUGUACUGCACCUUGCGCUUGUCUAGCGACUCGGCAAUAAUGUAGUUCUGAAGGACAUCCAGGGCGAUGUCACUCGGAUCUCCAAGCGAAUCGUAGUAGAAGAUAGUCUUAUUUUUGAAGUGUAUGAUGGCCAUGCACCAAUGAUUAAGAUUGCAGUGCACAGGCACUAGAAUGAUGUCCUUGCUGAACACAUCAAUCUUACUCGUCCAGCGCUUCAAGGGAGAUCCCCUGGGGAACCUGGACAUCUCCGCCGAGGGGGUCCUGAAGCGCGACCGAUUGGUGUUUAGCACUUUCCGUGCCCUAGGCAUCCCGGUGGUCAUGCUGCUCAGCGGUGGCUAUACGAAGGCCUGAUUGAAUGUCAGCGGCUU